AAAAAUACAGUAUUUGAAAUUUUUUCCGUAUGUCCACCCGUCUUCAGAAUGUUAAAAAUGUUCAAUAGCAAUUUUUUUUAAAAAAAAAAUACGCCUCGCUUUUUAUUUCCGCGCUUUUAACAUGCUGUGACGUGUAUGUCGACCAUGCUUUUUUCAUGCGGCGUGCAGGGGCUAUAUAUACAGUACAUUCUUAUCGCAUUGGGAUAGUCACUACAGAAGGCAGAGCUGAAAGAAAUACUACAAACAGGUGGCAACGAUGCAUCUGUUUCUAUGGUUACAUGUUAUUCUGAUAGUAAAUGAGACGUUACUAUGGAAACAUUGCAGUGGACAGGCGCAACUUUUUUUCGAAUUGCUAGAAGACAAAGAAAGUUUAAGAUUGAAAAGCAUUACGGUCGUGCAAGCGCUCGUCGAGCAACUGUCUUCAUCAAUAAAAACUAAACCGACAGCCGAAGAUCGAGAUACUACGAAACUACUUAAAAUUCUCGGUGGUUCGUUUGAUCCACGCUACCACUCAAUUUCAAAACCACGUGACCUAAACUUAACUUAUUCUGAGAAAAUAAUAGAAAAACAGUUAAAAGAGAAUAUACCGGAGAGUUUGAGCAAGGAAGAUUUCGCUUUAACUGGCGUUGAUACAAACUUGAAACUUCAUUCGCGUGCAAAGUAUUAUUUUCAACUUUAUUUGCAGCUGAAAUCUUUUUGUCCUAUCAGUUACCAAUGGCUGGAUUUAGGGGAGACAUUCUGGCCACGAUAUUUUAAAGAAACGUUCUGUAUACCAAAACCGUGUUCGUAUCCAUCUGGUAUGAAAUGUGGACACAACAGAAAUGAAAUGCAUCCAGUCUCUUUGUUGUAUUGGAAUUGUCACGCAAGAGUUAAAAAAAGUGGAGCCACGCAAUGCGGGUGGAGCAGCAUCAACAUAAAGGUGGACAAAAAAUGCGUGUGUUCUUGUGCUGCUUCUUGAUUGUGGUGUUUAAAAUCGUCCACUUAGAAGAGUCUUGGGGACCAGGUUGGUAUCGAUACAUCAUUUAUCGUAGUGGUUUGAAAUUGGAAACAAUUGUUGAAGCUUGAUUUUAAUAAAACAUGGAGCAGAUGGUAGUGACUUCAAAUAGCUGUCACGAUGAUUAUCCCGAAGCGUCUGAAUCAACUGACUUUGAAGUAUCCUUUGAUAUUUCUCUUUGUAUAUAUCAACAAAAUAACAAGUAUUUUGUAUUCAUAUCUUAAUAAUUGUUAUUAAACAUUAAUUGUACAGCAAUUAUUAAAAUAACAAAAUAAAAAAAAUGGGAACGAAUUUGUGAAUAUUUUGAUUGUUUAUAUUCAUUUUAUAAGAAAUGGGAGGCUAAAGCUUAUAAAAAUAAGAAAUUUCCAGUGCUGUAUUUUUUAGGCUUUAAAAAAUUAAGUAACUCUCUUUUCGCGAACUCUUUGUACAUACGCUUGCGUGAUGGAAUAAUGUACAGAGACAAGUCGAUGUCAAUUUCAUUCCAUAUGUAUAAUUUUAAAUGACGAAAUAAGAAACUAUUGGCUCUUUGCCUGUACUGGAGCCUGUCACUGGUUUCUUUUUAAAAAUUACGUACUUCGACCGUCAAUGGCGUUAAUAAGAUACGGCGUACAUUAUCGAGAAAAAAACUUGUUGGAUAAAAUUGACGACGCAAUGCAACAUUUGUCGGAAUAUCUUGAAAAUAUACCAUUUUUUAAAUUAGAAAAUGUUGAAGACAUUAGGGUUGGUUUUUAUUAAAUCCGUAGAUGGAAAAAACCUCCACAGUAUUUAUU